AUGUCCAAGUCUAGAGUUACUCCACUGAAAGCUGUUACUAUUCCAAGAUUGGAACUGACAGCAGCAGUAGUGUCAACUAAAUGGAAUUAUGUACAUUCAGAGUCAAAUCCAGCAGACUAUGCUGCCCAUGGACUUUGUGUUAAAGAAUUAAAGAAUAAUUUGAUGUGGUGGAAUGGUCCAAAGUUUCUUUGGAAGAAACUUGAUAAUUGUGGAAGUUCCUGUGAACAAAGAUCCAUUUUAGAGGAUGAUCCAGAAGUCAAGAAAGUGUCGUUUGUAGUAACUUCAAAGAGAGAAGUACCAUUUCUUGAUAGAUUAAACUAUUUCUCAGAUUGGUUUAGAGCUAAAAGAGCUACAGAAUUGUGUUUAAGACUACAAAGUAAGUAUAAGAAAACCACAGAAACGUCUGAAGAGAAAAUUGAUAAGAAGAUAAAUGUAACAUAUAGUCCUGUGACAGUUUCAGAGUUUGAAAAGGCAGAGAAAGUAAUAAUAAAGGAACUUCAGAGUAAACACUAUGCAGAUGAAAAAAGGGUUCUUCAAACAAAGGAGAAUGUCCUUAAUAAAACAAGCAGCUUGUGCAGAUUAGAUCCAUUUAUGGAUGCAGAUGGAAUCAUAAAGGUACGAGGAAGACUUAGUCAAGCAAACUUGAAUGAAGCAAGUAGACAUCCUGUAAUUUUACCAGGAGGAUCAUCUAUGGUAGCUAAGCACAUUAGAAACUGUAUUGUUUGUAAGAAAUCAAGAGGUAAAACACUUGACCAAAAAAUAUCAGAUCUGCCAGAGGAUAGACUUGAACCAUCUCCUCCAUUUACUUAUUGUGCUGUAGUUUAUUUUGGUCCGUUUUAUGUGAAUGUAAGACACAGUGAAGUCAAGAGAUAUGGAGCAUUGUUCACAUGCUUAGUUUCAAGAGCUAUUCACCCAGAAGUUGUUGAAUCUAUGGAUACUGAUUCUUUUCUCAAUGCUUAUCUUCGUUUUGUUGGUAGAAGAGGGCCAGUACGUCAGUUGAGAUCAGAUAGAGGUACAAAUUUUGUAGGUGCCAAGAAUGAACUUCACAUUAGCUUAAAGGAAAUGGAUCAAACAAAAAUAAGCAAUAAUGUUAAAGGACAAUUGUGA